AUGUUUCUUCAAAAAGUUUCUCGACAACAAGCCAACCUCGAGUUGGAUGAGACUCAUGCUCUCCGAAACUACACGACACAAAACGAGCACUAUGUCAUGAAAAACUUCUCCGAAUUUACUCCUAUUGAUAUUAAAAAUUAUGGAUUGGCUACUCAUAUUGAGUUUCAUCCGAACAAGAAUCGGCAAUUUCUCAUUACCCAUAAGAAUGCUGUACAAAUUAUUGAUGAUGAAUAUAAAAAGAUUAUUAGAUAUACUAAAUUUCAGAGAGAAUCACAAGUAUAUAGUGCUAGCUAUCGGCCCGGAGAUGGUUUGUUGUUUGCUGUUGGUACCAAUAGUGGUGUCGUGAAAUUAUUUCAAUCCUAUGAUAAAGAAUUAACAGCCAAUCGAUUGAAUCAGCCUUUGAAAAUUAUAUUUACUCAGAGCAGAGGGCAAGAAUCCAAUAACAUGUCUAUUCAAGUUACGAGAUUUCUUUCAAAUCAACAUUCGGAUGUAGUCCUGACAGGAAGCGAUGAUGGUGUUUGUCGACUUUUCAACAUUUUGAGUGGAAAGAAAACAAGAGAAUUCUCAAAACAUUCCGAUUAUAUUAGAGCUGGAUGUAUUUUCACUCCGAAUGGUGUUGAAGGUGGAGAUAUUUCUUCUUCGCCUGAUUUGUUUGCCACUGGUGCCUACGAUCAUUUGAUUAAGGUUUGGGAUGUGAGAGAAUCAGAUCAGAGCGCUUGUGUCAUGCAAUUUGAUCAUGGAGCUCCAGUCGAAUGUAUUGUCAAGCAUCCUACCGCCCCAAUAUUGUACAGCUGUGGAAGCAAUUACUUUAAGGUUUGGGACUUGUUACAACGAAAAGAAAUGAUGACCAUGCAUGGCUCUCAUCAAAAAACUAUUACAAGCAUGUCACUCGCAAGUGGUGGAGGAAAUUAUCUAAUGACGAGUGGAUUGGAUCAUUUAACUUGCUUCUUCAAGAUUGAUGAAAACUAUAAUCAGGUGCAUAAUAUUUCGUUUGAUGGACCAAUUCUAUCUUCCGCUAUUUCGAAGGACGAACGACAAAUUGUUUUGGGUUUAAUGGGCCCAUCUAGAGUUUUAAAGUCACAGAGAAUAGACCGAAAAGUACUUAGAGCUGACAUGUACAGAGAGGAGAUGACCAAGGAGAAUUACAAGAAUUUUGUCAACAGCACACUUUUGAACCAAAUCUUCCAAAUGCAAGAUGAAAUUUUCUUACCGGAAAGCGUUCUGUUAACUUGUUACAUUUCAAGUCACAAUUAUCGAAAUAUAAUUACAAGCUCGCAUUGCAAAGAGCUGUAA